GGUUUAGUUUUCUACAAUUGACCAAAUGGCAUCAGCCUGUCAAAUACUUAUACACCAUAAUAAUAUAAAGCCCACCACUUACUUUUUUCUUCCCCAUUCAGAAUAUUGCAGUGAAAUCGUUCUUUGAGCUAGUGAAAAUUUCAAGAAUUGGGUUAUGGAGAAAUCACCAGAAGAAUUGCACCCUGUUAAGGCUUUUGGCUGGGCAGCUAGAAACACUUCUGGGACACUCUCCCCCUUCAAAUUCUCCAGAAGGGCAACUAGUGAUAAGGAUAUCAAAUUGAAGAUUCUUUAUUGUGGUAUCUGUCACUCUGAUAUUCAUCAAUUGAAGAAUGAAUGGGGAUCUUCUCUAUACCCUCUGGUCCCCGGACAUGAGAUCGUGGGCGAAGUAACUGAGGUUGGUAGCAAGGUAGAGAAGUUCGCCAUCGGGGAGAAAGUUGCUGUGGGGGGAUAUUGUGGAUCAUGUCGGUCUUGUGAAGACUGCACCAACGACCUCGAGAAUUAUUGUUCUAAAGGAAUAGCCACUUAUAAUGCAAUCUACAAUGACGGAACACCAACGUAUGGAGGCUACUCGGACAUUAUUGUUGUUGAUGAACAUUUCAUUUUUCAUGUCCCGGAAAACUUGCCCCUAGCUGCUUUAGCCCCUCUCCUUUGUGCUGGAAUUACAAUGUAUAGCCCGUUGAGAUACUUCGGGCUAGAUAAACUGGGCCUUCAUAUUGGUAUAGUAGGUCUCGGCGGACUUGGUCAUGUUGGUGUCAAGUUUGCCAAGGCCAUGGGGCUAAAGGUGACGGUAAUUAGUACAUCUCGGAAAAAGCAGAAGGAGGCUCUUGAACGUCUGGCUGCUGAUUCGUUUUUAGUUAGCACUGAUCAGGAUCAGAUGAAGGCUGCUAUGGGCACAAUGGAUGGCAUUCUUGAUACAGUCUCUGCUGAUCACCCCAUCGAUCCAUUGAUUGGGCUAUUGAAGUCUCAUGGGAAGCUUAUCUUUCUUGGUGCACCGGAAAAGCCGGUCGAGCUACCCGUCUUUCCACUACUUAUGGGUAGGAAGCUUGUAGCUGGAAGUGGGAUAGGAGGGAUGAAAGAGACACAAGAAAUGCUAGAUUUUGCUGCAAAACACAAUAUAACAGCAGAUGUUGAAGUCAUUCCAAUGGAUUAUGUAAAUACUGCAUUAGAGCGUCUUGCAAAAGGUGAUGUUAAAUACCGGUUUGUCAUUGAUGUUGGUAAUACCCUCAAAACUGAAUAAUUAAGAGCUUUGGUUCAUGUAAUUCUAGUAUUUUACGAUGUUUUGGGCAUAAAACUGUUAGUUUGAUUUCUUGUUGUGAUACAUUAGUUUAGAGACGGACCCUCUCCCACACCCUUGGAGUGCAGUCCUUCCCCCGACCUGUGUGAACAAGGGAUGCUUCGUGAGUAGCUUCUUUCAUACAUUAGUUGUGAAAAUAUAUAUUGAAUUAUGAGUAGCUUCUCAACUACUGGAAAUUGUUCAAAGUCUUUCAUCUUCAAUGCA